AAAUUAUUUUUAAUAACAUCUUUUUAGCGCAGUAGUGUUAUGUGGGUUUAUCAUAUUGACUGGCGUGAAAUUUUGUAAAAAUUAUUUUUGUGCCAAUGUCAGCAACGACAAAAACUAUCGAGAAUCCAGAAGUUCCCGGGCUUGAAUGUUUGUUACCACCACCGCCGCCUCCGCCACCACCCCCAACUGUAGUAUCGCCCGAAGCGAGUCCGGUGGCAUCGCAAAUCCAGCCACACCAAUCACCCCAACAACCAGCACCAGAAAAUGCAGCAACUACGUGCACCGGGCUGGCACCUAGUCAAUUUCCAGCUACCGCAACUUCUCCUUAUUUCAUUCAGUCUAGUAUACAAACUCAAAAUUCUACCCCGUGGUGGGUACCCACUGAGGCAGAUUCAUCAGAACUCUACGACUCUCAGUAUGCCCAGUGGUACGAGGCAACUUACAAGGUUUCACCACCACCUAACAUAUCCAGCAAGGCCAAAGCCAAGUACUACAAACGAAAGAGUGAAUUUAUCGACCCGGCACAAGAUGCAGAAAAAGUCGCCAGUGCUCAGAGAGAAUUGUCCGCUCUAAUGAAACCGUUAAAAUGUGACUUAUGCAAUGCAGUUAUGAAUUCCACCCUUCAAGCGAAAUUACACUACGAUGGUAAACCCCAUCAGAAAAAAGUGUCCAUGUUCUUGAAUCAGAGCGUGAAAAAGUUGAAAACCGAAGAUAGCGGUCAAGUUUCGAGUACGACCGAAGCCGACUGGAAUACGUAUUGCGAGAUCUGUAAGACUUGGUUCACUUCGCAAACAGAUGCGACCCAGCAUUAUGCGGGGAAGAAACACCUGAGAGCGGCGAAUGGAGGUCCGCGUGUUAGACCAUCGAAGAAACAUCAAACUCAGAAUCAGUACAGCCAAGUUGACUCGACCGGACGGUUCGGAAUAGGAACGGCUUUCCAAUCCGAUCCACCGCCAGUUGUAGUUGCACCAAUAUCAGAAGCUGCUGCAGUUGUGCCUGUUGCACCUCCAGUACCCAUUGUACCUAUACCUGCACCUGUACCAGUUGCAGCCCCCCUCUACACACCUCCGCCUUAUCCAACGCCACUGCGCUGCGAUCUAUGCGGCGUUUCUGCAAAUCGACAAGAUCAAUUGGAUACCCAUCGGCGAGGGGCGAGACACAUGAGAAUGCUUAGAAUGAAUGGACUCCCAGUGCCUGAACCUACACCUGAAACAGAAGCUGUACCUGCAACGGGUGGACCGAUAGAUUACUCGAUUUACCGAACCCCUUCGGGACAAUACUACUGUGCACCGUGCAAUUUGUCUGUAAAUUCGGAAAGCAGUUUUGCACAACACGUCGAGAGCAAGAAACACAAGAAUCAAUUGAACCCAAAAUCUCCCGCAACUGCUGCCACUGCUAAGAAAACACGGUUCAAGAAAAAGUAGUCCAUUUUAGCUUUAUUAUUCUGAAUCAAUGAAAUUAAAACGUAAUAAUGCACCUAGACCACACUCAAUUCUGAUUUUUGUGCCUCCCACUCACAGUCUCAAUAUUCCCGAAGCAGUUUUAUUAGAUGUACACUUCAUGGGUAUGUUUAGAAAUACAUAAUCACGUUCACUUGUGUGUUAAUUAUUUACACAGAUAACGUGCCAAGUGUUGAUCACAAUUGAAAUAUGAAAUUACGUAAUAGAUCAGCACUACAGCAUUUUUCGACUGUUUUGUGUUUAUACUUAUUUAUUUUUUUCAUAGAUCAUUUUCUCGCUAGUAUGUCAUCGUUACGCUGAAAAUUAUUUUCCCAUAAUCUAGUUUUUCCAAAUAAAUCGAAUCAAUGUAAUCAAAUUCGAAGCGGAAUAGCUUCGUAAAUUUAAUACGCUCAACUCUUUAGCUUCUAAAAAGUUUCAAGCAAUUUUGAUGACAGUAAAGUAAUCGUUAAGCAUUCUAAAUAAUAUCUGUCCCGUUCCGAGAGAAUUGUAGAUCAAUUAUCAUGCGCACAGUUCUGGUUCUCGGAAUCCGGAUAGAUCUAUCGAUAUAUCGAUCGGUUGUAUCAAUGGAAAUUCAAAUCUAACUGAGGUUCUCAUGCCGUUGACCGAAGAUUCUUACUAAUCUUCAGUCAAAGCUCAUGCUUCGUAAUUAUUUUCAAUUAUCAAAUUGUUUGUUGAUUCCAGCUAUACUAUCUAGUUUUCGUGCAUGUCCACAUUAGAAAACUAAUUAUUCAUCGCGAUCUUUCGGAAGUGCCAAGAAAGUAGGUCUCAUCUGUAUAGGUUUAGUAUUUCAUUUGAAUUAUCUAUUCAUUUUGAUUGUUGCGUAAAUCAUUUACACACGUUAUCAUCAAUUAGUUUUACAGUAUGAUCGGUGAUGUACUAUGUGUCCCAGCUUUUACACUACAAUAUGUCUGGUUUCCUACCGUCAGGCGCCAGACUUACGCCAUAGUGCCACCAUAGAUAUAUCUAUGGUGCCACGUGUAUUCGUGGACCACGAUAUCGUAAGCCUGGCGCCUGACGGUAGGAAAUCAGACAUAUUGUAGUGUAAACGCUGGUACACAUGGUAUAGUGAUGCAAGUUCCGAAGAAUGGCCUGAUAAAAUUUUUUGGCAAAGUGUUUUAUUUCGGUCAAGAGACAUUCACUUCUCAUCUGUAUGUUCAUUAGUCGUUUGUUCAUUUAUUUUGAAUACAUUUGCAACCAAUCAUAUUCAAUCAUGUUAUCUCAAAAUCUUCAAUGAUCGCAUAAAUUCUAAUUACUCGAUAUUCGAGCGAUACGUUGAAAAAAUAUGUGGUGCAAUAGUUUGUACAAAUUGUUAUAGCUAGCUAUGCUAAAUUAUUAACGAAAAUGACAAGUUUCGUAUCAGUUAUAAAACAAGUAUUGCGGAGGCUUGGGGAGGAAUAAUAAUUAUUUUCAGAGCUCUGCGAAAGACGAAGACGGUAUAAGCUUACUAGCAAUUUGCGUUACUCAAUCCUCUAUGCAUAGCCGUAAAACUCCUUCACAAAUUGUACAGUUUAAUGUGUUAAUUUAAGCCUAUGUAACAACAUUAAAUGAAAUUAAAGAUCUAUUAUAUUGUUCCUUGGAAAA